CCUGUUUGCGUUCUAGGAGCUCUCAGAGCCCUUCACUGUCGUUCCAAAGCAUCUCAUAAAGGAAGAAAAGGUCAAAUAGAAUGAUUUCCCGCCCUUCGAACGAGACAAAAGAGUCCUUUAACGUCGGCAUAGAGGAAGAGGAGAACGACAACAGCCAAGGACAGAUCCCAAAAGAGGCCUACUACAGCCUCAUUGGCGGCUGGCUCUCUGUGUUUUGUGGCUUUGGGUUCAUUAACGCUUUCGGGGUUUUCCAAGCGUACUACGAGACAUCGUACCUCCCGCAGACGAGUGUCUCAUCCAUUGCAUGGAUUGGCUCCGUCCAGACGUUUUUUCUCUUCGCCUCGAAUCUUGUCACAGGCCCGCUCGUCGAUCGUUUCGGACCGACUCCCAUCAGCUUUUUCUAUGCAACAAGUGUCGCCGUGACGUGUAUGAUCGUGUCGUUGUGCACUAGAUAUUGGCAGCUGCUGCUGGCACAAGGCUUUAUGCUUGGGAUCAGUCUGAGUGCCGGCUACGUUCCACCGUUGACCUGUGCAAUGCGGUGGUUCAAGAAUCGUUACCCUAUGGCCGCCGCCAUUGUGUUGACCGCAUCCUCGAUCGGAGGCGUGGUAUGGCCUCUCAUAGUCCGCCAUCUACUCGAGUCGGUCGGCUUUGGAUGGACCUGGCGCAUAAUAGGCUUCAUCGAUCUAGUGCUUCUUUCGCUUGCCGUCUGGCUUCUGAGCGCCCCACCUCUCGAGGAGCGACAGUCACCAGUCGUUGCGACAUCGACCAAAGACGAUCACAAUGGCCAGCAAAAGAGAUCCCUCUUCUACCUCGAGCUCUUGAAGGACAAGCCCUAUCUGUUCCUCGUCCUGGCCAAUCUCUGCGCGUAUUUUGGCCUUUCUUAUAUACUCUUCUACUUGCCGACAUGGGGCGCCUCAGUCGGUUUCUCUGAUACCCUCCAAGCUUAUUCCGUCUCGAUUCUCAAUGCGACUUCUUUCGUAGGACGGCUAGUCCUCCCAUCCGUCAUUCAAAAGUUUGGCGGUUUGAACACGACACUGGCCAGCAUGUUUGCCGCUGCGGUGCUCAAUCUUGCAGGUAUCGCAGCUCACUCGUCUGCGGGUGUCCUGAUGGUCGGUGCUUUCUACGGAAUUGCAAUGGGAGGCGUGGCCUCUUUGCAACCCCCUACCGUGGCGUCUUUGGUCACAGACCGCACCAGGCUCGGUGCGGCGGCGGGGCAACUCAUCUCCGCCUGUGCCAUUCCAAGCCUGUUAGGACCGCCAGUCUGCGGCUGGAUCAUGGCCAGUGGCGGUCUUGACCGUCCGAAUUACAAGGCAGCAAAUGCCUAUGCGGGUGGUUGCUACACCUUGGGAGUCAUCUUUGCACUUCUUGCCAAACUGUCCAAGGAUAGAUCACUCACUGCGGCCGUAUGAGGAGAAUGAAGGGAUGUAAAAAAGCGGAAGUAGAGAAGAGUAAAUAGCGAGCCCUUUCUUGCAACACAUAUAGUGAAAAAG